AUGACGUGUGCUUUGGAUGCACCACACUACAACUGCGUAGUGACCCUUCCCAGUGGCCCACGCGUGAGCUACGCGGUUGAUGGCGACCCCAGCGGGCAGCCUGUGCUCUGCUUUCUCGGUAUGCGCGGUCAUCGGUACUUUACGUACCUCUACCAAGGGCUUGCACGCAAGCACAAGAUACGGUUGUUUGGGAUCGACCGCCCCGGCUACGGCCUCUCGGACCCGCUCACCACUGGCGACGCAACGCCGGCACCCAUCGCGUUUGCCCAUCGUGUCGCAGAGCUCGUCGACGUCCUCGGCAUUGGCGAGUUUGGUCUCGUCGGGGGCUCGGCCGGCGCCAUGUUUGCUUUGGCCAUCGCCGCCAACGCCCGCCUUGCACCCCGCAUCGUGUCACCUGUCGUCCUCGUCGCGCCGUGGGUGGGCACCAACGCUGCGGCGUGUCCGUGGCUGCUGAAAGCUGCGUCGUGGCUGCCGCAGCUUGCCAUUUCGAGAUGCGUGCAGCUCGUGCUUGGCUCGAUGAAUGUCAGCAUGACGCACCUCAAUGGCAGUCAUACCGUGCGCAUCCUCAGCAACGUCGAGGCGAGUGCCGACCCGCUCUUGAUGGACGAGCUUUGCGUGCGCAUCAACGCCGAGCCCAACAAUGUGGAUGACGACGUGCAGCUCGGCUUGGGCAAGGACCCCCGCGGGUACGGCGUGCCUCUACCUCACGUCCGUGUGCCAAUUUAUGUGAUCCACGCCGAGCUGGACGCGCUCGUACCCCUCCAAGCAGCACAAGAGCUUGUCGCUGGCGUUCCGGUGGGCGUGCUCAAGGUCGUCCCCGGCGCCACCCACUCGUUACUUCCGUUUGAUGACGACACGAUGGAUCAUGUUUUUGGACGCGUUGGCGCCAAGGCGACCUUUCGACGCAGCUCCCUGUAA